AUGGCAAAAAUAAUAAAGAUGGCGUUUUACUUAAUUUUUGUUGGAGCACUUGUCAUCAGUGUUAUGUCUUACAAUCCUUUGUUGACAUACACUCUCCGUUUUAAAAAAAUGCAAGUAUUUCAUAACAUAUCUAUGAGUGAUUAUAAGAUCGAUCGAUACAAAGAAGGAGAAUUUAUAAAUGCUAAAAUUAAAAUAAAUUCGAAAGAACUAAUUAACAAAUUAAUAGCGGUAUUUUAUCGUUGUGACUCCGAUGGUAUUAAUUGCGAAUACUUCCAAACAUGGACAUUCUCAAACGUUUGCAAUCAAUUAAAGGAGAAAAAUCAAGUAUGGUCCCGAUUUUCCGAUGCUUUUGAUCCACCGUUUAUUUGUCCAAUAAAUAAAGUGUCUUAUCAAAUAAAAAAUGCAACUAUUGAUGUUGAAGCAGCACUACUUUUGUAUCCUCUAGCGACCGAUUACCAAUGGAAAGUAAAUCCAAAGUUCUACUCUGAUGAUAUAUUUGUUGGUAGUGCCAUAACAGAAUUCUAUUUUUUUGGCUACAGAAAAAAAAUUAAGUCAAUUUUAAAACUAUAA